AUGAUUGAUAGAUUUAAAAAUAUAUUUAACAUAAUAAAUUCACUUUUAAAAAAUAAAUUAAAUAAUAAUAAUAAAUCAAUAAUUGAUCAAUUUGAUAAUAGAAUAAUUAAUAAUUUCAAAGAAUUAUUUAAAGAAUCAAUUUCAACCGCCUUGGGAUAUGAAAAUAUUGAAGUAUUAAAGUUUAUUCAAAAUUCUUUUUCAGAUGAAAUUGAUUACCAGCGAAUUCAUUUCAAUUCAAUAAACUAUCAUAAUCUUCAACUAGUUGAAUACCUUCAAAAUAAUGGAUGGUUUAGAGGUCAUGGAACUGAUAUAAUGGAUUUAGCUGGAAAUGGAAGUUUGGAUGUUAUUCAAUUUCUUCAUUUCAAUAGAACUGAUGGUUGUACUGCUCAAGCAAUGGUUAAUGCAGCAUCAAAAGGUAAUCUCGCUGUUGUCCAGUUCCUCAACUUCAAUAGAACAGAAGGAUGUAAUCAUCUAGCAAUAGAUUACUCUUUAAUUCAUAAACAUUUCGACACUGCUAAAUGGCUUCUUAUCAAUAGAUCAGAUGAAUUUACAACGAUUUCAAUUGAAUGUGCAGCAUGUGAAGGAAAUUUGGAGAUUUUACAACUUCUAUGUGAGAAGAAUAUAGUAGAUAUAAACCAAAUAAACAUUGGAGGAAAACUACAGUCAAUUCAAUACUUGUUGGAGAAUACAAACUUUCGAAUUGGAGAACUAUCAAAGAAAUAUUCAAUUAGAAUGGGUGAUUUGGAUGUUAUCAGAUUCCUAAAUGAGAAUACAACUAUUCAGUUGACUUGGACCUCAGAAGAUAUGGAUUACGCAGCAAUUGAAGGUCAAAUGGCAAUUGUUAGAUAUCUUCAUGAAAAUAGGACUGAAGGAUGUUCAUCAAAUGCCUUGGAAUUUGCAAUUGGAAAAGGUUAUUUGGAUGUAGUACAAUUUUUAAAUGAAAAUAGAACUGAAGGCAAUGUAUUACUAGGAAUUGAACAUAUAUUGGGACAUUCAGAGAUUAGUACUGGUCAGUUUGAAGUUUUCAAAUACAUCUAUGGGAGAUAUCCUUUCUUAAAUCUACCAGUUGAUGUAAUGGAUCAUUUCGCCAAAUUCCGAGAUUCAACUGCACUCCAAUGGUUCAAAGAAAAUACUACUUUUCUAUGUACUCCUGAUGCCUAUUUGAAAUCCUGUAUCUCUAGAUGUGUACCCAAUCAAAUGCUAUCGAUAGUAAAAUGGAUCAGAGACAAUACAACCUUUCCAAUUCCUUAUGAAACUGAUAAAUUCCAAAUGAUGCAUAGAUCGUGUGACAUUUUGGAUUUUAUCAAGUAUCUACACCAAAAUGGAGGAACUUUUUCAACCAAUUCUAUGGAUCUAUCAAACAAUUUGGAAAUCACUUUAUUCUUACACUAUAAUAGAACUGAAGGUUGUACACAUCAAGCAAUCACCAAUGCUAUUCAAAAAGGUAAUUUUAAUUUAGUUAAAUUCCUAAGUCAAAAUAGAACUGAACUUAACAACUUUGAUUAUUUAAUCUAUAAUCCAUUACAUAAAAUCCCUAUAUUACAAUUUUAUAUCGAUUAA